GGAAAAAAACAGCUGGAUCCAACAACCAUCCAGCUAGCGUUACCACUAGCAGCAACCAGCUCCUUAAACCGGCUAACCCCCCUCGGCUGCCUGACUUCCGAAAGCUGGUUGUGAGGCUGAUGAUGUGGUGUGAAGAUGGAGGCUCCUGAAUACCUCGACCUGGAUGAGAUCGACUUCUCUGAUGAUUCAGUGUAUUCUGUCACGUCUCUGAAGAGCAUCCCUGAGCUGUCCAGGAGAAGCGAUGGUCAGGCAGAGGAGAGGCAAGCUCCAGCCAUCAAUUGGAGCCGCAGUGUGUCCUCCCACAGCAGCGGGGGAAUCAAACCCACAGGGAUUGCUGAGGUUCACAGUAAGUUCCGGCCGGUGAAGAGGGUCUCACCUCUUAAGCACCAACCAGAAACCACUGACGCAGAGACCGAUGGUAAAGUCCAAGGUCAGGGGCUGGUUCUGGGGGAGCCAGUUGAGAGUAGUAAGGAUGACCCUGACAAACAGACUAAUGCCUCCUCUGACGGGCAGGGAGGAAAGGCUAAGAGCCUGGGCAGCAGUGUUGGUGUUGUUGGAGGGAGCAACAACCCCCAGGCUUUGUUUGGGGAACUGGAGCACUAUGAUCUGGACAUGGAUGAGAUCCUGGAUGUGCCUUAUAUCAAGUCCACUCAGCAGAUGUCCACGCUGCCCCGUGUUCCCCACGACAAGCGGUCAGUGACGGGGAGCAACAUAGGUGGAGGCACACUGGAGAGGAAUCGGGGAGGAGGGCUGAAGAACUCCACUUUAACCCACAAUGAGCCUCUGAGCCUGGGCAGCAGUAGUAGCUCACAAACUCAGUAUUGCGUUCUGUCACCAGUGAAGUGGUCUGACCUGAGGAAGUCCAAAUCAAUGGAUCCAGACCUCCACCACCUCCACCGAUCCCCAGGUGGAGGAGGUUACCAGCCAGAGAUGUCUUCUGGCCUCCUUAGCUGCUCGUCCUCUCUCUCUUCUUUCUCUGAUGCAGACAAACUGCUGUCUGCACGGGUCUAUCCAGACUCUCAGAGCCAGAGACCAAGUGUGGACCCUCCAGGGGGCCCAGGACUAAUUUUCCCUCUGCCAGGGGGCAGCGUGAGCAGGCAGGACAGCUCCAAAUCCUGGGCUUCUGCAUCAGGAGGAGUGGGAGGUGGGUCAAGGGGGUUUGGAGGGAGUGGUGGAGCAGGAGGGGAAGUAGACGAGGAAUCCAAGAAGAACCAGAACAUCAUUAACAUCGUUAGAGAAGGACAGAUCUCAUUGCUGCCUCACCUGGCAGCUGAUAAUCUGGAGCUGAUCAGAGACGAGGAUGGAAACAACCUGCUCCACAUCUCGGCCUCUCAGGGCCACGCCGACUGUCUGCAGCAUCUCACAUCUUUGAUGGGGGAGGAUUGUCUCAAUGAGCGCAACAACCAGCAGCUCACCCCCGCUGGUCUGGGGGUCAAGAAUGGUCAUCUGGAGUGCGUGAGGUGGAUGGUAAGUGAGACAGAAGCCAUUGCCGAGCUGAGCUGCACCAGAGAACAUCCCAGUUUGAUCCACUACGCGGCCCGAUAUGGACAGGAGAAGGUGUUGCUGUGGUUGCUUCAGUUCAUGCAGGAACAGGCUAUCUCUCUGGAUGAAGUCGACCAGAACGGAAACACUGCAGUCCACAUAGCAGCUCAGUAUGGUCACCUCAGCUGUAUACAGACUCUGGUGGAGUACGGCUCCAAUGUGACAUUCCAGAACCAGCAGGGGGAGCGGCCUUCCCAGAGUGCCGAGCGGCAGGGACACACCACUUGCGCCCGCUACCUGGUUGUAGUAGAAACCUGCAUGUCGCUGGCCUCGCAGGUUGUUAAGCUCACCAAGCAGCUCAAUGAACAGGCGUCAGAGAGAAUGGCCUUACAGAAACAGCUGCAGAGACUGAUGGAGCCCAACAAGGCAGAGGGGACACCGUCCAGAUCACCCAGCUCCCAUCAACCCUCUGUGGAGGCGUGGCAAGAGAUGAUGUUGACUGCUGAGGGGACUCCUGGUGACGGUCACUGGUUGGUUCGUCAGGGAGGGGUGGGUCCAGACUCCGUGCUGCGGCAGCUCCUGGGGAAGGACAUGUCGGAGACACUCUGUCCUAGAGAGAGACUGCCUCCUGCAGGUGGUAUGAGCAGAGAAGGCCCUGGGGCUCCUGGGGGCCGCAGAAUUGGGCUGGUGGAGAGGAGAGAGCUCAAACUAGCAAGACUCAAACAGAUCAUGCAGCGUUCCUUAAGCGAAUCCGAUUCAGAUGGUUAUCCACCAGAAGAGGGCAAGAAUCAGGGAGCUCCACCCUCAAACACACUACGACCUGAUAGGCCAUCCCACUUGCCAAUCACAGAGGAGGAGCCGGUGUCAAACCACCUCCAACUAAUGAUGAAAAAGCACCUCCCCUCAUCAUCAUCUUCCACAGUUGAGAGGAAGCUGGCAUUUUCUCUCAGUGGAUCAAAGUCAGUAGAUAGCAUUGGCUACAACCCGUCCCCCACCUCCAGUGACCCUGAAGCCACAGAUGGCAAAACCCCAGACGUUCCAGGGGACCAGGAUGCCACCAAUGGCCAGAAAGUCGCAACCAGCCCCAAGAGUGCCCUGAAGUCUCCCUCAUCUCGCAGGAAGACAUCCCAGAACCUCAAACUGAGGGUUACAUUCGAUGAGCAGGUGCACAAGAGCUCCAGUCAGGAGGCAGAGCCAACAAAAGUGCAUCAAGGGAAGGAGAGGACUCCAACAGGAAGUUCUGAAAGCAAGCGGCCUUUCGGGACGUUCCGCUCCAUCAUGGAGACACUGAGCGGAAACUCAAACCAUAAUAACAACAACAGUGGUGGUCAGUCGGGUUCUGCGGUUAAAGUGUCCACCAUGCAGAACUCCUCUGGCAGGAAGUCAGAGAGUAAAAGCAGCCCAGGAGGCGGAGCCAAGGGCAAGAGCAAAACCAGUAACGUUUAACCAGCUAGUUCCUACUGAAGGGCAGAAAGCGCAUAAUGAACAGAAAGCAAUCAAGAGCAAACAGCACGAGGCAGAACAUGAGAAACGUAAAUUAAUUUACAUAAUUUGUGUGAGACAUUACAGAAAACUGACCACAAAUAGUGACACGGGACAUAAAAAUGCUUCUUGAUAGGCAGACCUUACAUGUUUCAGUGGUAAUGUCUUAAGACAGGGGUGUCG